GUGCUCCGCAUUCGCAGGUAUGUACGGCAUGGGGGAGGUGGAACAAAAAAUUCUCCGGCGCGACACCUGCCACCGUAACUGCCUGUUAGCCAGUUUUCCCGACAACAGUGCCUGCGAGGUGCGGUCGGACCUGGUAUCCUGAGCAAAAACGUCCCCACCCCAGUAGAGUCAAGAUGGGGAAUCCGCUAGACAAAUCCGCCACCUCUGGUGGUUUCGCAUGACGAAUUUAUCCUCGUAGUGUAAUCCUGUUUAGCUAGUUCCGAAGCAUCACAGAUCUAGCAUAUCAUGCUGAUUCUAGCAUUACAAAUUCCAAAGCAUCAGGAUAAGAAAAUGGCUCUUAUUGGGCUCCGCAUGAGAAACUUUUUUCGCAUGCAGAUUUGCAUGACAACUCUGGUGUGGGGACAUUUUUACUCAUGAUGCCUGGCGGUGGUUCAUUACCAGGGCAACACGUACACCUCAUUUUUCAACUACAGCCUCCCGGCGACCACGACGGACCACUUUUUAUCCUGAGCAAAAACGUCCCCACGCGAUAGUCAAGUUGGUAAAUCUGCAACACAAAGCGUCAAGUUUUGGGAGGUGUGCAUGCCAAGUUCUUUCCAUCUGCAAUGUAGUGGUGGUUAGCAAGGGAAGGCGCAUGAGAAAGCCACUUUCUCAUCCUGUUUACAGCAUUACAAACGCCAGAACAUGACUAGAAAUGCCUCUCAUGGAGAUGCGCAUUAGAAAUGUUCCUGUCAUUGCGCUUUUGCAUGACAACUCUGGCGUGGGGACGUUUUUACACAGGAUACUUUUCUAGCAGUCUUUACGCCGUGAACACCAGCGCCGCCCGCUCCGCGGUCACCGGGACCUACUACACCCCCGCGGCGCAAUCGGCGGCAACCACGUCGCUGCAGCGCCGCUUUUCGUUAUGAACUGCAAAAGUAUCGCACUCGUAUAAAUGCAUAUACAAAUUUUCUCAGCAUGAGAAAUAAAAUUUGUAAUGUUGAUUCACUUUAAGAAAAAGAUCUGUAAUGCAAGACUUGCAUUUAUACGAGUACGAGACUUUUGCACAGGAUAUUCGUCGGAGCUCGGGGAUUUCCAGAAGUGUUUGUCCUACAAGGAACGGGUAUCCAGGAGCAAAGUGUGUAAGUGUAAACUUUCUUUGAGGAACAGCAUCACAAAUUUGCUCUACAUGACAGACAAAACCUGUCAUGCGUAACUUGUAAGGGAAAACACACAUGAAAAGAGGACUUCGUGGCUGUCUGGCAUGACAGGCGUAUUACUUUGUUGCAUGUUCUGCAACACAAAUCGACACUUACACACAUUUUUUCUUGCAUAACGGGAACCCUUGGUCUACAACCAGUGCACGGACAACCGGCGCGAGAUCGCGGACGGAAAGUGCAUAUGCAUUGCAAGUAUAAUCCCUGGAUGUCUGGAAGGUUGCAACUUGUGAUGCUGUCUCAGGAUUCAAAAAAAAGCUGUAUUGCAUGACCAGCAGCAACAGGAUUCCAGUUUGUUCUACGCGGGAAGGUGGAAGUUAUUUCUUAUGCGGAAUAGGCAUCAGGAAGGGUUCUAAAAAUCUGUGAUGCUAGGGCACACAUCACAGACAAUCAUGGGCCAUGCAAACUAUGCAUGACAAACCUGGCAACCUUCCAGAGCCAGACAUAUUUGCAUUCGAUAGUGCGAACGGGUAGUCGUCUGCUUCUCGGGGUGCAAAAUCACGGAGGCAGUCCUCAGCGCUCACCUCGCAGACCAGGCCGCGCUGCUGUCUUCGUAUGAAAUGUUGAGAGCAUCUUGAUGGUGUGCCCCCGCUGGUGCCAAGGCUUUGUCUUUGUCCUAGGCAGCACUCCGCAAAAGUUUGC